AUGUUACUAGUGGUGUUCUACGAUGUGGUCUACGCCAGGCAAGACACAGCCGACGACCUCAAGUCGGGCGUCAAGGGCAUGGCCGUUCGCUUCAGAAACCAUAUUGAAGGCCUCCUCGCUGUGAUCGCCAUCUCAAUUGCAGCACUCCUGACGGUUGUGGGGAUUGUGAUCGAGGCGAAGCAGUACUACUUCGUAUUCUCCGUUGCUGGUCUUACCAUUGGGCUGGUCUCGCUGGUUGCACUAACCCAUUGGGAUCUGCUACCUGGCUGGGCUGGCUCAUCAGGCUGGUGCUACGCUCUUGCAAUCGCAAACCUCAUUAGUGGAUUAGCCUUGGAAUACGCGCUGCGUCCUCUCAACUAA